UUUGCUGCAACGCUUUUGAAGUAUAGAGGAAAAUACGGAAUAAAAAUAUUUUUAAUGAAAAUUACGGUUUACAAGAAUUUUUAAAGUUAAGAAAAGCGUCCGCAGCGUUAUUUAGCGACAAUGUCAAUCGGAGUUCCCAUUAAAGUGCUCCACGAGGCUGAGGGUCAUAUUAUAACCUGUGAGACGAAUACCGGCGAGGUAUAUCGUGGCAAAUUGAUAGAAGCCGAGGAUAAUAUGAAUUGUCAAAUGCAGAAUAUUACAGUGACGUAUCGGGAUGGCCAAGUGGGACAGCUAGAGAAUGUAUACAUUCGCGGCUCGAAAAUUAGGUUUCUCAUAUUACCAGAUAUGUUGAAAAACGCACCUAUGUUUAAACGACCUGGUGGCAAAGGAUCGGGCACAGCCGGUAGAGGAAAGUCCGCAAUAUUACGAGCUCAAGCUCGUGGCAGAGGGAGAGGACAAAAUCAAAGAGGCAAAGGUACUGGUUCGGCACCUUGGCUGAAUCAACAGAAUCAACCAGGUGGAUCUCAACCUGGAAGAGGCAGGGGAUAAAUCUUAUGAUAAUAAACUUUAUUUUAUAAAUACAAGUGUAAAAUUUCAUUCCUGUAUUUUUGCAUCAUUUCUAAA